CCCGUGGCGGCGGCGCAUCCAGGGGCGGUGCGGAGCCAAGCGGCUCGCCCAGCCGCCAGCGCCUGCGAGCUCCGUCGCUGCUCCGGGAAUUCACUUUGCAAGCUUUUAACGUGCCUCCCUCAGACCGCUUCGAAUGGCUUUCGGUCUCUGGCCUGAUCUUUUUCUUUAAGAGGGAAAACUUUACAGCGAUUUCUUUUUCCCCUUCCAGGAGAGGAUUAAAAGUUGUAGGAACUGGUGCCGCCCGUGCCGCUGGGGCGCUGGGAGGGCGUUCGCCGGAGGGGUUCCCAGUCCCACCAUGUGCACCAACAUAGUUUACGAGUGGCUGAAAGCGCUGCAGCUCCCGCAGUACGCGGAAUCCUUCGUGGAUAACGGCUACGAUGACCUGGAGGUGUGCAAGCAGAUCGGAGAUCCGGACCUGGACGCCAUCGGGGUGCUGGCACCCGCACACCGCCGCCGCAUCCUGGAGGCCGUGCGCCGGCUGCGGGAGCAGGACGCCGCCGCCGCGGGCCUCUACUUCACGCUGGAGCCGCAGCCCGCGCCGCCGGGGCCGCCGGCGGACGUCGUCCUCCCCUGCCACCGGGGGGAGCCGUGCGGCGGCCCAGCCCAGGGCACCCCAGGAGACCCCCGCAGCCAGAUGACUGCCUCCCGGAGUAGGGAGCUGGUAAGCUACCCCAAACUGAAGCUGAAGAUCAUGAUCAGGGAUAAACUCGUCCGAGAUGGCAUCCACCUGAGCAAGCCCCCUUACUCCCGAAAGGUCCCAAUGGCUGGCAUCCUAGAGUACUUAAUGAAUUGGCCGAAGUCGUCACAGAACCGCUAGAUAUCAUUUUUGAGAACUCGUGGAGGACUGAUGAGGUGCCUGAAGACUGGAAAAGGGCAUAUUUAGAACCUUCUUUCACAAAGGGAAAUGGAUGGUGAUCCUGGAAAUACUCAUCAGCUUAACUUUUUGCUUGGAAAAAUUCUGGAAUAAUCAACUUAGUAAACUGGGUAACUGACUUGUAAGAGCCAGAACUAAGGUAGUGAAAUAUCACACAUAAAGAAAUGCUGAGUUCAUUUUCUAAAAGGACACACCAGCGUGAGACACAGUCUUAUGCUUCUAUCGUGAUUGUCCCCUUCAUUCUGUCAAUUCUUCAUAAAAUAGAUGAUGUUGGUUAAGGCGUUUGGGUAAUAACUAAUUUUAAGUGUAAUACAAAAAGUAGAUUUCUGAUCAUAACCAAUAAUUAUAUCACUUCCAACUUAGGUUUUAUCUGAAAUAAUAGUCUUAAUAUGAUAUCUUUACUUCUUAUAGGACCCUGUUUUCAUUAAGUUGUGAUAUUUCAAAUAAUUCUAUAUAGAAUAGAUUGGUGAAGGAAUUCUUAUUCUUAUUUUAAGGUGCUUUAUAUAGUUAUUUCAUAUAUAGUAUAGGUACAGUCAUAAAGCCAGUGAAUUAAGGAACAUCACCCAGAAAAGACAAUUUCUUCUGAUUUCUCUUUUAAAAUCUGUUCUGGUUGAAGUUUGAUAUUUAGACCAAUAAGGGUGUCAUGCUCUGGCAUUUAUUGAGCAAGUACCAGUUUUUCUACUUCAAGGCCCCUGAGUUGUAGUGUCUUGGCCCACCUCCCUAAAUGGGCUUCUUCCUGGGACCCUGGGGACAACAAAAAGGCAGUGGGCAUGAAUGGCCUGUCCACCUAUAGCCAAGGAGGAGAAGAGGUUGAAGAACAGGGAGGAAAUUAAGGUGAAACUGGAGUUUUUGUGAUUCUUAUUGUUUUUCCCUUUGGGUGUUGGUAGUUUUAUUUUCUGCUUAGAAAAUGCAAGCUUGUUGAUGGGACCUUCGUGGAAAGGAGGCUGUGGAGAAAGAUACAGUAGUCAUACAAGCUCCUGGGGCUGGCAACCGUCAGGAGCCUCUAAGCAGCACUGUGUUCUGGAAUUUUCUUGCACUGUUUGGAAGUAUAUGAGAGAGAUAUAAGUUUACAUAAUGUAGGACAAGAAUAGGAAACUCUCUAAGGAAAAGAGUUUUAUGUUCAUCUCCUGGAGCAUACGAAUCCCCAAGAAUAGACAAUUAAGAAGGGAUUAGGUCUCCAAGGGCAAUCCUAACACAAUACUAUUUUUAAAAAAAUCCAAGGUCUAAAAUAGUUCAGCUACUUUUAGAGAUUAAUUUAGUCCCUAAGUAAAGUCUGUCUCACUCUUAAAUACAAAUAUAAGGAAAUUCUAGAAGUGCGUGUUAAGUUACCCUUUAAACUAUACCUAGCAGCGGUUUUGUAAGGAUUAUAUACCAAUGAGCCUUUCAUCAGUUUUUGAAGCGAAGUAGUCUUUAAAAUUUCUGAGGUAGAUUUAAUUAAGAGGUGGGAAGUCUGUAUUGAUUAUUGAUAUAAUUUAUUGUGAUAAUAAAUGGCUUCCUGUUUCAGACCUCAUUUCCAGGUGCAACAUCUGUGGUAGAUUUAUUUCACAGAUGAACAUUUGCAUGUAGCUUUUGAACUGUGGCUGGACUGGACUUGUUUCUGAAACAUCUAUUAUUUGCACAGUGGGCAUUAUGAUGAGUCCACUACAACCAAAAAAAGAAGAAAAGGCUGUCAGUCAUAUCAAGUUUGAUUUUGGAUUUGAGUAAUUUCUAACUUCAAUAAUUUUGCCAAAGUUAAAUCAUUUCUCUGAGUCUAAGACGUUUUAAAGACUUCUUAGUUAAAGUUAGAGGAAGAAAACUUUAAAUGCAGGCAGAGAAGUGUUGAGGAAAACCUGUUAAUUUCUUUGCAUUAAGAAAUAUGAGGCAUAAUAUAAGAGAAAGGAAUUAUUCUUACCAUGAAUUAUACCUGGAGAUAAUUACUCUUAUUUAGUUUUUUUCCUUUUAUCUAAAUACUAAUGAUAUUUUAAAAUUUUGAGUGUAAAGGAAGUAGCAGUUGACUAAAGGGAAAAUAUAUUAUCAAGACUAAAGGGCAGUCUUGAUUUAUAUUUCCUAGAACACCAAGAGAGAUUUAAGAUAGACUUUUGUUCAUAACAUGGGGAAUUCAGAGGAUUAUAACACAUUUUUUUUUCAGUUCAUCUUAAAAUUUGAGGGGUAUGAAAGAAAGAUUUUAUUCACAUUAAAGAUUUCUUGGAAUAAGGACACACAUGUUUGAGGGCUCUAUCCUUACCAAAGUGGGAGCUGAACCAACAAUCAGGAAAACUGGAUUUAUAGCAACAAAAGUAGUUUCUCAGUUCAGAGAACUCAAGCAUUUUCUUGGUCCUGAGAAAUCUCCAGCAUGUUGUGCUGUGAAGUGAACACAGGAGGCAUCAAGUUUUCACUUUGGGAGUUUUUCAGAUCUCAGUUCAGAUUCUACAGUUUUCCUAAUGGUGUUUUCCCGUGAUGAACCUGUUAAGAGCAUUUGCUGUAGUGUAGCUUGGGAAAGGAUCUUGAAUGAUGAGAACAUUACUUAAGCUUCUUUCCCUUUUUCAUAAAAUGGGAGAAAUAAGUACAAUGCCUCCUAUAGUUCUUAAGAGGCUCAACACCUCUGAGGUUUAUACCCACUUGUAGUUCUUGGUCCAGGGUUGGCAUGAAGUAGGUGCUGACUGCUCUCUCACCUCCCUUCCUGACUUGCUGUUAUUUCCUCUUAUGUGGAAGAGAUUACUUUAAAACUGAGUAGAAAACUCAAGUGUAAAUUGGCAUGCCCAUCUGCUCUGUAGCCCACUGCGUAAAGACCUCCUUUGCUUUCUGUUUAGGAGAGAUGAAAAAAGGCCACUGUGUUUGCUCAUGGUAGGAGUUCAGUAAAUGUUUAGUGAUUGAGUGAAAAGAUUAUGAUGUUAAAACACAAUCCUCAGAUUCACAAAGGCCAGCACUUUCAAUUCUAGGGAAAUAGUCACAUAGACACCCAUGAAGGGCUUUCGUUAUCUUUGUGCUUCUUGUAACGUCUUCAGGUUUAUAAAUUUGGAGUAUAAAUGAAUGAGUGGCAAAUGUGCAGUUUCCUCUGAUUUUAUACCUGGGGUUUAACCAAAGGAGGAGUGAAAAUGGGCAUUGCCCCCAUGGCUGCUUCUGGGAUGAAUCCAGCCAAGAGAUGAUGCUGAUAAUGGUGGAUCAGCAAACCCUUCUCUGUGGGAAGAGAAGCCAGCUCUACCAGGAACUGGGAAGCGCUUGCCUGAGAACUGAGACCUUCAUGUCUGAAUUUUUCCAUUAGAAGCCCGAGUGCUGAAAAUAGAUCACUUGUAUAGGGGUUGAAGAAGAACAAAAAGAGAUUAAAGAAAAUAAAAUUCUUAGACAAAAUGUUUGACUUAAUCUCUUACAUGUAAUAAUUGGGUAUCAAAAUAUGUUCAGGGAGCUGAAAGAUUUCAGUAUUUCAAAGUAAAUAAGUGAUAAAGAAUAUAAUAUUGUAUUCAGGGACAUGUGAGAAAUGUGUGAGAACCCAACCCUAAAUGACAAAUUCUCAGUUCCAAGUGCCAGGUAUCAGAAUGUUCUUAAACAGCAUUAACCAAUGAUAACUUAGAAUAAAACUACAGAGGUUCACACAUAGAUGCUUUACUAAAUAAAAUACCUGUGCAGAGCAAAGCAAAUUAAACUUUCUUUUUAGAAUUUUCUAAUUUUAUUCUGAUCUUUCCCAAUUACAUAGCCUUAUAUCAGACAGUUUGCAUUAUUAGAUUCUUUGAUUCUAAACUCCUUUGCAGCUUGUAUUAUUAAUCUCUAAUGAUGUAAAAUCAAAUAACUUUCUAGUCCAUGAUUAGAAAUAUCUUAACAUCACUAUUUUGGAUAUUUCCAUAAAAGGCAAAAGGGGCGAAGGCGGUAGAUAGUUUAGAGAAAUGAAUAGCAUAUUAACUUUCUCUUUUUACUUUUUGAAUGAAAGUAGAAGAGGAAUGUGAUGUUUAAAUCCUGGAUACGUUUUAUUUUUAAUUGUUUCUGUUAAAAGAUGCCGUUUUAGAGGAAAACAGGUUAAAUUCUCCAUAUUGAGAACAGGUGGUUGGUUUUUAUUUUACAGUUUUGUCCCAAAAUUUCUUCCACUGGAUCAAAAGGAAAUAAGUCAACUUUUCAACAUUAAGAUGGGAAAUGUCUUUUAUAGAUAUGUUUGGUAUCAUGCCCUUUUUAGAUGAAUUUUUCCUUAUUCCAAAACCAAAAUGCUGUGUGGUCAAUCUCAAGGACAAAGUGGUACAUUGAGGGAGACAAAUGUCAGACAUUCUGCUGUUCCUCACAGUUACCGCCCUGUUUCCUAAGCUUGAGAAUGUUCUGAGAUGCUAUUAGGGUUACCAAUGCCAUUAUUCAUUGAAAAGUUCUGGCUAUACAGAAGUGUGUGCUGCGCCUGAACAAUCAACAUGUGUAUAUCUAAGUAGCCAAGCACAGAUUUGUUCUAAUUGAAAGCUACCAUUUGGUUUUGUAAACACACUAUUUUUUCCCUUUCAGUUACUCUUUAAAAAGGGGCCUGUAUGUGAAGACACUGUGAAAGCCUAAUUGGAUUGUCGUUAUGAACCAUGUAAUGUAAAGCUCACAGCUCUGUCAUUUGCAAACAUAUGUCUACUCUUCAAUAAAUGUUAUGGCUGCACAGCA